UAAAUGAUCAUGAAGAGGCAAAACGCUCGGACUCUCGCCCUCAUCAUCAGCAUCCUCACCUAUCUGGUGGUCGGAGCGGCCGUCUUCGAGACCUUGGAGUCGAAGCAAGAGAAAAGUCAUAAGAGGAGACUCGACGCCAGGAAGUAUGAACUCAUGCGCAAAUAUAACUUAACCAAAGCCAACUUCGAGGAGCUGGAGCACGUCGUUUUGCAGCUUAAACCUCACAAAGCAGGAGUCCAGUGGAAAUUUGCCGGUUCUUUUUACUUCGCCAUCACUGUGAUUACCACGAUAGGUUACGGCCAUGCAGCCCCCAGCACCGACUCAGGGAAAGUGUUCUGCAUGUUCUACGCCCUCCUGGGGAUCCCGCUCACCCUGGUCAUGUUCCAGAGCCUGGGUGAGCGGAUCAACACGUUCGUCAGGUACCUGCUGCACCAAGCCAAGAAGUGCCUGGGAAUGCGUCAUACCGAGGUCUCCAUGGCGAACAUGGUGACGGUGGGCUUCUUCUCUUGCAUGAGCACUCUGUGCGUGGGGGCCGUGGCGUUCUCUCACUGCGAGGGAUGGAGCUUCCUCCACGCCUACUACUACUGCUUCAUCACGCUCACCACUAUCGGAUUCGGAGACUACGUGGCCCUGCAGAGGGACGACGCGCUGCAGAACGACCCCCGGUACGUGGCUUUCUGCUUCGUCUACAUCCUGAUGGGCCUGACGGUGAUUGGGGCCUUCCUAAACCUGGUGGUGCUUCGCUUCCUGACCAUGAACGCAGACGACGAGCGGAGAGACGCCAGGGAGAAGGCCUUGUUGUCUGGCAAUAAACCAAGAGGAGAGGUGACUCGUCUAAUACCGCUCUCAGCCUCAACUUCCUCCACACCUGUGACGGAGGACACGACAAAGGCUAAAGAUUUAAAAGGUGUCUACACUGAGGUGCUGCAUUUCCAGACUAUAUGCUCCUGCCUGUGGUACCGGAGCAAGGAGAAGCUGCAGGGCUCCAUACCUACUAUGAUCCCACAGGAGCUGACGUUCUCUGAUGCCUACUUGCCACAGGAUAGUAAUUGUCAUCACUACAUAGAGCCUUCAUCAACAGGCUGCGUUUGCAGUCCACGUCAGUGUGCGAGCAUAAGCUCCAUAACAACAGGCCUACACAUUCUCUCUCCAUUCAGGGUGUUUAAGAGACGCAGCUCCGUCUAG